GUAUGCCAGUUUCGCUCGACUUAGUAAAAAUUUUUUCAGUUUCUGAUAGAUUUCAGAUGUAACACGAAGAAUUAAGGCGAGGUCUAACAUGUCAAACACCUGUGUUUGGAAAGCACACGGCCAUCAAGACUGACAGCCGGCCAGAUACACACAGGAGGUUUGAAAACUAUAUACAAAAGUUGUCCUGUGAAUAUAUUUGACCAAGUGUAUCUCACGGGUAAACCUUGAAGACAAACAUUUACUUUUUCGGCCAAGGGAUACGCAUAAUGCUUGUCGAGCGUUUUUUGGAUGCACAGCCAUCUAAGAUUGGCAGGCUGCCAUGGAUAUAAAGGUGGUUUGAAUAUGUUUUACCAGGUGCACCUCACAAGUAGACCUUAAGGACAAAAAAAUUUUUUUUUUCGGUCAAGGGAUUUGCGCAGAACUUUACGUUGACCUUUUUUUCCAUCGCAAGUGUACUCGUUGGCAAUUAUGGUUUAGGUUGGUUAACUAUUCUCAACCAAGACAUCCGUCUUGAGGUAUUCAACUGCCUUGAAAUUAACUGCUGGAUAUGCUCGGUUUUGUCGAAUGAUCGUUGAUGUGCUAGAUUGCACUAUGGAAUCAGCUUCUGCAAACUACGCCAGAUGGUAAAGACAGAAUUUGAAAUGUUAGCUCAAAUUGCAUGAUAUAUAUUUUCUAAAGCGAGGGAUAACCAGAGAUACGGUACUAAUUUGGAUGGUGUCAAGAUGAUUGCCUUUAUCACCCUGGUCCUUGUAGUUUUUGCACCGACUUAUACCGAAGGAUGUGGAAUGCGUCCUCCCUUCGCCCGUGUAGUGAAUGGCCAAAAUGCCAGCCCCCACUCUUGGCCAUGGCAGAUUUCCCUUCGUGUGAGAGGUAGACAUAUCUGUGGUGGAUCUCUCAUCAGACCUGACUGGAUCGUCACUGCAGCACAUUGUGUGGACAGAAAUCCAUCACCAAGUUCAUACACAGUUGUAGUGGGUGGUCAUAGGCGAACCGGAAGUACAUCCGUUCAACAGACCUUUCGAGUGAUAACUCUCCACAAACAUAAUGGAUUUUCGAUGCAGAAUCUAAUGCACGACAUAGCAGUUCUUCAGCUGGCAGGAAGGGUACAGAUGAGUGAUAAAGUGACCACAGUUUGCCUUCCACAACAAGAUGCGAAUUUGAAUUCUGAGUGUUACAUAACAG